AUGCCCAUCAUCAAAGCAGGAGAUUCAAAACCGUCCUUCCGUCUCCAAAACCGUAGCAGGAGAACGAGUGGUUUGACUGAUACCGGACGAGAAAUUGUACCUGGUGGUCAAGACCAAGCCCGGCACGAAGGAUCUCAGAUCGCGGCGGACCAUCUCAACAACGUGCGCGUGGAGCCGAUCGGGGGCCGCCGGCAGUUCCACGGCGCCAAGGAGGCUUAUCUGUCCGGCCACUUCGACGCGCACACCAUUGAGUGCGAGUGCGUCGUCCACUCCUUCAAGAACUACACCAAGCUGGAGAAUGUCGGCGCCGAGGACUACUUCUUCUGUCGCUUCGAUUACAAGGCGGCCAAUUGGGCCUUCACCCCUGACCAUGUAGGCCUUGCUUGCUUUCUCUCUUUCUUCUUCUUCCUGUUCUUGAUUUUAGCUUUGUUGUAA